AUGUCUUCUUUACCUUCUAAAAUUUAACUCUCCGAAUUAAAUUAUCAAAAGUAUAGAUCCACAUCUACCAGUCUUUAUCAAUGUAAAUUACUUCCAAGUCCUAGUUUUGGAGAUUAUAGUAAAUUUGAUUGA